UUUAUUUUUUAAAUCUCCCACAAACUACUCCUCCGAUUCCCCCUUUUCCUCCUCCCCUCCGGACCCGUCGGGCUCGCAGUAUUAGCGAAGAAGACGACGACGAGAAACCCUUCGUUUGGUUUGCGUCUCCCUCCCUCUCCUCUUCCCUGACAAAACCCUAAUUCGUUGAUUCUUGAUCGCUUCUAAUCUCGAAUCCUCGGAGAGGAAAGAGGGUAGUAUGAUCACUCGAUUGAUCGCCCCCAUUCCGUUGAUCUCGAAACCCUAAGCCUCUGAUCAUGGCCACCUCCUCGUCCGCCAUCAACGCUCAAUCGCCGGGCCUCAAGACUUACUUCAAGACACCCGAGGGCCGCUACAAGCUCCAGUACGAGAAGACCCACCCUGCCGCCGUCCUCCACUACUCCCAUGGCAAGGCCGUCUCCCAGUUGACGAUCGCUUAUCUGAAGGAGAAACCGGCCAACCAGACGCCGUCCACGCCGUCGACCCCGAGCUCCAGCGGAGGGGUAAGGUCGGCGGCCGCGAGGCUGCUUGGGGCCGGGAACGGCAGCCGGGCGCUUAGCUUCGUCGGUGGGAAUGGCGUUAGCCGGGUGGUUUCGGGGAGCAGCAGGAUCGGAGGGUCCCUUGGAUCGUCCACCGGAUCGAGUAGCUCUCAGUCCAUGUCUAAUUACGACGGCAAGGGCACGUACCUCAUCUUCAAUGCCGCUGACACUCUCUUCAUCAGUGAUCUCAACUCGCAGGAUAAGGAUCCUAUCAAGUCCAUCCACUUCAGCAACUCGAACCCUGUAUGCCACGCCUUCGAUGCCGGGGCCAAGGAUGGGCAUGAUUUGCUCAUUGGGCUGCACUCGGGUGAUGUUUAUUCGGUGUCAUUGAGGCAACAAUUGCAGGACCCUGGUAGGAAGCUUGUAGCAGCUCAGCAUUAUAACAAAGAUGGAUCAAUUAAUAACAGCCGCUGUACUUAUGUUGCCUGGGUUCCAGAAGGUGAUGGUGCUUUUGUUGUUGGUCAUGCUGAUGGAAAUCUAUAUGUAUAUGAAAAGAGCAAGGAUGGGACUGCAGAUUGUUCCUUUCCUGUUAUCAAGGAUCAAUCCCAGUUUUCUGUUGCACAUGCGCGGUCAAGUAAGAGCAAUCCAAUUGCACGAUGGCAUAUCUGCCAAGGUACAAUCAACAGCAUUUCUUUCUCAACAGAUGGAGCAUAUUUAGCCACUGUUGGCAGAGAUGGUUAUUUGAGAGUCUUUGAUUUCCCAAAAGAGCAAUUAUUAUUUGGUGGGAAAAGCUAUUAUGGUGCUUUACUGUGUUGUGCCUGGAGUUCGGAUGGAAAAUAUAUAUUGACUGGUGGUGAAGAUGAUCUAGUACAAGUAUGGAGCAUGGAAGACCGGAAGAUAGUAGCAUGGGGUGAGGGACAUAAUUCAUGGGUUAGUGGUGUUGCUUUUGAUUCCUAUUGGUCAGGACCAAAUUCAGAUGGAACAGGAGAGAAUGUCAUGUAUCGCUUUGGUUCAGUUGGCCAGGACACUCAAUUGCUGCUGUGGGACCUGGUAAUGGAUGAAAUUGUUGUGCCAUUGCGAUGCUGCCCUCCUGGUGGGUCACCUACACUCAGCAGUGGAAGUCAUUCUGCUCACUGGGACAAUAUUUGUCCCAUAGGCACCCUUCAACCUGCUCCAAGUAUGCGGGAUGUGCCCAAACUCUCACCUCUGGUUGCUCACCGCGUGCAUGUGGAGCCUCUCUCUGGUUUGACAUUUACUAAUGAAUCGGUGCUUACUAUUUGUCGGGAGGGACAUAUCAAGAUCUGGUUGAGGCCUGGGAAUGGUGAAAGCAGCCAAUCAAACUCUGAAGCAGUUGUAGGUGCACCUAGUUCAAAGGACAGACCUGUUACAUCAUCCAUGAAAGCUUCUGGUCCUAGUUAUAAGCAACCAUCAUCUGUUCUCUUUACUUGACCAGGUUCUUGCAUUGCUGGCAUGCAACUGCAGUCAAUCCCUUGUCCUUGGCCAAUGCAAAGCUUAUUUGGUCGUUUGAUCAUCUUUUGGAUUACGAUUUCCUGCGGAUGAAGAGGUUAGUGGAGUUCGUUUGCAUCCGUCAAGUGGUAGGUGCUAAUGAAGUGCUGAGGUUUUAUGCCGUAAGACGCUUCUGGUUGCAGCAUGUUAGUUAGUACUGCCAUUUGCGUGGCAGCAGAGGAAAUAAUGGAAUAUUCUCCUGUACAGAUAUAUAUAUUUCCAAUCUAAAAGUACAGCAGGUCCAUAUCAUCAUGGUUGAUAUUGUUUAAUGUGUCUAAUAUGUUAAUUAGAAGUGUCAGAGGUAUUUGUUGAUUUUUGGUCAUCAAACAUGGAAUUUCUCCUUGAAUCUGGCUCUUUACUUCCUGGGUUCUUAUAAUGAAGGCUCUCUGGGCUGUGCAAUUGGCAGCAGCUAGGAAACAUAAACAAAUGAAUUGGUUUCUC